AUGGCGUCCUCGGCUACCUCCCUCGACACCAUGAUCACCGUCAAGGUGCAUUAUGACGGUAUCACUCGUCGGGCCAAGAUGCCUUUGCGAGAUACCGCACCUAAAUCCCUCGAAGAUCGGAUUCGAGUCUUCCUGCAUGUUCCCGCCGAGCAGAAGAUCACGAUCGAGCGAUACUCCGAUUCCGCCGCUUCCUUUGUCACCCUCGAUCCCACCAACGCCAGCGUUUACAAGCAGCUGUACAGGGCUGCUAAGGCCAAGUCCAAGCUCAAGCUGCGAGUGACUCGCGUCGUCGACGAGAGCAGCGUCGAGCCCAAGCCCGUCACCGUCGAAGACUCGCCUGAGGAAUCGUCCACCCCAAGUGUCGAAACCGAGACCAGCGCCCCGGUUGCUCUGGAUAGCAACUUCCUCAGCUCACAAGAGACUCUCACCGCUGCGAGAGUGCCUGCCCCCAAGCCGGUGGUUGAGGAGACACAGCAAGUCUGGAAGGCCUAUCUCCCAGAGAUUACACCUAUCGAAUGUGCCAAGUUCGCCAUCUGCUGCAACAGCUGCGACAAGACGACCCCAGAUGUUCAUUAUCACUGCUCUACCUGUGAAGAUGGUGAUUUCGACCUUUGCCAAUCGUGUGUUGAUAUGGGCAUCACUUGUCAUGGCAGUGACCACUGGCUCAUUAAGCGAACAACCAAGGACGGCCAGAUCAUCACAAGCACCACCGAGACAAUCGCACCGAAGCCGAAGCAGAAGCCGGUUGAGGAACCAUCGUGGCCAACUAUCGAGGCAAAGAUUGCUCUUGCCCGCCUGGAGCAGACCAUGUCCAGGCUGAACGUGAGCAUGCGAACCUGCAAUUCAUGUGUGGCAGAGCACCCCGAAGCCGAAUUCCUUCACUGCCAGGCCUGCGAUGAUUUCGACCUGUGCCGGGCUUGCUUCAGUGGAGAUGCUCAUGGACAUCACCCAGGCCAUGCCUUCCAGCUUGCCGUUGCAGGCACCCCCAUGCCUGAGCACAUCACCGCCAAGUUGAGCCCUGGCAGGAACCAGCCACACUACGCCCUGUGUGACGGCUGCGACAAGUUCAUCACUGGUGUCCGUCACAAGUGCCUCGAAUGCCCUGAUUGGGACUAUUGUGAGGAGUGUAUGCCUUCCGCUGGCGAGAACCACCCCAAGCACCGCUUCGUGUCCGUCUACGAGCCUCUGCAGCUUUCUGCAGUCUCCGAGGGAUUCGAGCAACAGGCUAUCCACACUGGCAUUUACUGCGAUGGCCCUGUCUGUGCUCGCACCUCUGCUUGCACUUCCCACUACAUCCGUGGCAUUCGAUACAAGUGUGCCGUGUGCCAUGAUGUUGACCUGUGCGAGACUUGCGAGGCAAGCCCCGAGAACAAGCACAACAAGACUCAUCCCAUGAUCAAGUUCAAGACCCCUGUUCGCCAUGUCAGUGUUACUACCACUGGAGAGCACUCGGAUGGCCACGCUAUGCCAGCCAUGGGCGAUCGCCUGCCACCAGUCUCUACCCCGUCCAUCAAUGCGGUUCGCACCGUGGUUGACAUGAAGCCAGAGGAGAAGGCUGAAUCAUCAGAGCCCCGCGAUCUCUUGGAGUUUGCUGCUGAUGAGAAGACUGAGGUCAAGGAGGAGACCCAGGAAGAGAGCCAGACCUCAACAAGCAACCUUGAUCUCCGUGCCGUUUUCGUCCGUGACCAUGUCGCUGAUGGCACCAUUCUCCCCCCUGAUCACAUUUUUGAGCAAACCUGGAUUCUCAGGAAUGAGGGUCAAGUAUCUUGGCCCGCUGGUUGCUCUGUUAAGUUUGUCAGCGGCGACUACAUGGGCCGUGUUGACUCUGCUCACCCUGCUGUUGUUUCUGAGCUUAUCUCUGCCGCAGAAACUACCGUCUGCACUGAGCCACUUGCGCCUGGUGAGGAGCACGCUUUCAGAGUCCUGCUCCGCACACCCACUCGAGUUGGUAAGAGUGUCUCUUACUGGCGUCUGACAACCCCCGACGGCUACAGAUUCGGACACCACGUCUGGUGUGCUGUCAAUGUCAGAAACACGGAGCCUGCCCCUGCUCCAGUUGAGCAAACCCCCGAGGUUAAGGUGGAGGAGUCUCCAGAGCCGACUGUUGAAGCGAAGGCUGAGGAGGAAGAGACCCCAGAAGUGAACUCCAGCCAAAUGAUCUUCCCCAAGCUCGAGAAGGAGUCCCCAGUCGCUAGCAUUCACGAGGAUGUCAAGCCCCAACCAGCUGAAGAGAAGCCCUCGGCUGGCAUUGACGCCGACGAGGAGGAAUGGGAUCUCUCGGAUGAUAACUUUAUUACCGAUGACGAAUACGAUAUUCUCGAUGCCUCCGAUGAGGAGUUCCUUCAGGAACAGCAGAAAAUGAUGCAGAAGAAGUAG